AACCUGUCAUUAUGGGAAACUAAAGGAAUAUCCUCAAAAUUUUCUCCAAUAGUAUUUUAUGCUACUCUUAUAAAUAUAUUGGCAAAUGCUCUAAAAACAUAGUCGUUCUUUCAGGCUCCAGCACAAUAGGAUACCAUUUUCCAUUUUAUCUCAAGAUUCAAGACUAAAAGGGAAAAAAGAAAAAAAAAACAAAUAGAAUGGCUUCAAUAGCAUCACCAAGUACCCACCAUUUUUACCCCAACAAGUUCAGAUACAGUACUAGUAAAUCUUCUUUCUUCCCUUUCAUUGUUUCAUGUAUGGACCAACAACCUCAGCAGGAUGAAAACACCAAGCAAGUUGGUCGCAGGGACAUAAUACUAAGGAGCAGUGAAAUUGCAGCCCUUGGAGCCCUCUUCAACUUCAGUGGUAAAAAGCCAAAUUACUUGGGUGUUCAAAAGAAUCCAUUUGGUCUAGCUCUUUGUCCAGCCACCGACAAUUGUAUUUCUACUUCUGAAAACAUCAGUGAUGCUACUCACUAUGCACCUCCUUGGAACUACAACCCUGAAGGGAAACGUGGUAAUAUCAGCAGAGAAAAGGCAAUGGCGGAGCUACUUCAAGUGGUCAAAUCAACAAAACCAGACAAAUCCUCUCCCAAAAUAGUGGAGAAGACAGCCGAUUAUGUGCGUGUGGAAUAUGAAAGUCCUAUCUUGGGGUUAGUAGAUGAUGUCGAGUUCUGGUUCCCACCAGGCAAGAAAACAAUUGUACAGUAUAGAGCAGCAUCUCGCUUGGGGAAUUAUGACUUUGAUGCUAAUAGAAAGAGAAUCAAGGCGCUGAGAAUGCAAUUAGAGAAGAAGGGAUGGGCAUCAGAAGAUACAGUCUGAACGAUGUCAUCUUCAAAAGGAACAAUUAUUCUUUACUUGUUAGCAUUAUGAAUACAGAUGACUCAUAUACUGAGCCUUUUUUUAUUUGAAAAGCUUAAUAGAAUGAUGAAAAAACAACAGUAUUAUUUCUGGGCAA